AUGCCUGGUAACUCUUCAUAUGGACCUCGGCGAAUCGACGGCGGUACGGCACUUCCGGCAGACAAAGAGCUCCUGAAUUUCCGACGGAUCCGCUUCCUAUUGGCUUGCGCUCUAAUUCCCGCCACGCUUCACCAUAGCCCCAAAUAUGAGGGUUUAGAUUGGUUCUGGAAACCAGAUGAUGGCUUCGAUCCCCGCAUCUAUCCUUGA